AGGAGAACUGCGUAUCUUUAUAUUAAGAAGGAGAGAGAAACGAGUCUUGUACAACGACCUUUAGCAGGUCUAAAGAAAAACAGGGAAGCAUAGAGCGUGCUUAUAUAAAAAGUAAUACAACUAAUGGAGAAGCAAGAAACAUUGACCGAUCUCAGAUGAUUGAUCCAAAGGAGAGCAACCUUUGCAACACUACAGUCAGGUUCUUGGCCCCAGCAUCGCACCACCGUUCCGCAUCUUCUCUGAUUUUGGCCGUCAACGCAUCAGUAGAGGAGCAGCGACUAUUGAAGACUAUGCUAUUGCGCGAGAGCCAAAUGUGCCAGGGGAUGAGGAGAAAGAUGGAAUCCAAGCCUAUACGGAGAUCCAGGGUCACUCGGCCCCGGAGUUCAAGCCACCAAUCCAUGAAAGAAACGCCCUAUGCCAGAGCAUGAACGCCCAGAACGCGUCACCAUAACUCCCGUGGCAACACACAUUGCAUAAGCAAGUGAUCGACGGUUUCCGGUAGUUGUAUAUAGUGCGCGCAAGUGUCCGCAGGUUGUAGGCCAUGUCUUUUCCUUCGCACACCAUAAGCGAUCAUGGAGCGCCAGCCAACCGAAAAACUUCGCCACCCACACCUUCCAGAGCCACUCGGCUCCAGCCAUACGAAUAGACCCUUGGAACAUGAGAUGGUAAGCUGAUUUAGCUGUGUAUUGUCCAGAGGAGGUCCAUUUCCAUAUGAAUUGGUCUCUGUCGUUGUUCGGUUCCACAGUUUCAAGUCGUGCCCAGAGCAGCAAGUAUUGGACUAUCGCGGAGACUGAGAGAGGCCCUGUGAUGUCCUAGACCCAAUUGUGGUGCAGAAUGGCGUCCUUGAUUGUCCUGCUCUUCUGACGCGCAUGAGGGACACAAUUGAGGAGGUCCGGCGCUAGAGCGCGAACGGGUUGACCAUCAAAACAAUUGUCAGACCAGAACAACGCAUCAUCUCCGUUGCCAACUACAACUAUGGUGGAAGCGUUGAAAAGAGCAAUGACCUCCCGUUCAUGAUGCAUAGGAAGGUUAGCCCAUGGCUUAAGCCAGAGCCACCGGAGUCGCAACGCGAUGCCAUACAGCCGGAGGUCCAGAAUGCCCAAGCCACCGAAGGUCACCGGUCUACACACCCGUUGCCAAGCAAGGGUGCAACGCCCUCCGAAUGUUUCUUUGUCACCGGACCAGAGGUAAGCCUUCCGAAUCUUGUCAAUAUCUUUGAUAACCCACGGCAGGACAGGGAUGGAGAUGAGAAUGUGCAGAGGCGUCGACGAAAGGAUCGCUUUCACCAAGGUGUUGCGACCAGGCUUAGAGAUGAGCUUUGCUUGCCAUGUUGGCAGCUUGGCGGCAACCUUGUCAACCAGAGGCUGCAAGUGAUGCCUCCGAAGACGGACGGUUGUGAGGGGAACGCCCAGGUACUGGAUUGGGAAGGUUGGAAGACCGCAUAGCAAAUGAUCACUGAUUGUUCUGAUUUCGUUAUCAGCACAACAGAUGGGCACCGCAGCACAUUUCGGCAGGUUUGUUCUUAGCCCAGAAGCUUCCCCAAAGAAAUCAAGGAUCAAUAGGUGCGCUCCGAUGUCAUGCGAUGUUGGGGAGAGAAAGAUGAUGGCGUCAUCUGCGUACAGAGAGCAUCAAUGUAAGAUGGAGCCAUGAUCGAUGUCAUCAAUGAUAGAAGCCUCUCCUGCCUUGGAUAGAAUUCUGCUGAGGGUGUACAUAACCAAGACGAAAAGAAAAGGAGAUAGUGAAUCGCCUUGUUGCAGCCCACGAGCGAGGCGAAGAGGAGCCCCAGGAACUGAGUUAAGGAGAAACCGGGUAGAGGAAGAGCAAAGGGCGGCAUCGAUCCAACUGCACCAUCGAGUGCCGAAACCCCAAGCACGAAGAACCUCAAGGAGAAAAGCCUAACUAACCGAAUCAAAUGCUUUAGAGAUAUCCAAUUUAAAAAGAACCUUAGGUCUCUUGGCCUUCUUGAGUUGGCACGCCGUGGAAUGGACCAAUUUGAAAUUGUCAUGUAUCGAUCGCUCGGCGAUGAAAGCACUUUGGUUGCUCGUGAUGAGAUGGUUUAGCCAGGGUGCGAGACGCAAGGCCAUGGUCCUGGUGAUGAUCUUGCCAAAGCUAUGAAUGAGACUCAUGAGGCGGUAAUCGGACGGCGAGGCUGCAUCAACCUUCUUGGGCAACAACGUGACCAGGGCAUUGUUUAGAUGAUGGAGCCCGCGACGGUCACCACUUCUGAAAGCGCAGAUGGCGAUGGUCACAUCUCUCUUGAUGACGGACCAGGUUGCACGUUAGAACUCUACCGUGUAGCCGUCUGGACCCAGAGCCUUGUUGAGCGGCAAACGCCUAAUCGCCCCAAGAAUCUCUUCUUCAGUGAAUGGAAGGUCGAGCGACUUCAAAUCAAUGGGUGAGAUGCCGAGAUGGGAAAGGUAGAUAGAGUGCUUCCUUGGAGGGGCUGAACCAAGAGUAGAGAAAAAGUGGGAGUACAACGCCUCCUCUAUCUCAGAGUGCGUGGAAACCAGGUUGUCCAUUGUGGACAAGAACGUGAUGUUCUUGCGCCCGCAGAAGCUGGCAAACGCGUUGAAGAGUCUGGUGUUUGCGUCCCCCUCUUUGAUCCACGCCAAUCUGCGAUCGAGCGUUCAAGGGAGGAGAGGCCUAAACUGCGAAAUUUGAGGCACUUCCUGAGCUCUGCUUCAGCAGUGGUGAGAGCCCUGACCUCUUGCGCAACAUCAAACCGCACGAUGACCCCCCAAGCGACAAGGAGUUGUUCUUAGAUAUUUCCAAUCUGAGAACAACUCCAACGUUGGAGAACUUUGGCGGUCCUCCUCAAAAGGAUGUCAAGGUGAGUAAGCGGAGGCUUGGUCUGCUCGUCGUUCGACAACACCCAACCACUCUAAACCGUCUCAAGAAACCCCGGCAUUUUCAACCAAAACGAUUUGAAGUGAAAACGGUGAUGAUGCCGAGAACCCACUGAAGAUGAGAGCACCAAUAGGGAGAGAUCCGAGCAAUAUGAGGAUAAGGCUUGAAGUAAGCAGUCGGGGAAAACGUUAUCCCAUUCGAAGGAGACAAGGGACCUGUCAAGCCUCACGAGGGUGGGUUGAGCCCUCUCGUUUCACCAAGUGUAGCAGCGGCUGAACAGGUGCAAAUCUUUGAGCUCCUGUUCUGAGAUAAAGCGCCUGAACCUUGACAUGGAACGAGUGUUUAGGUUAGCAUUGCUCUUGUCAGCCGCGGAGUAGAUCAUGUUGAAGUCCCCAAUAAUGAGCCAUGGUCCCGGUAACGACGCUCGGAUACUGGAGAGCUCGGCAAGGAAAGCAUCCUUAAGACUGUCGUCAUUGGGACCGUAAACGACAGACAUGUAGAAGGUGUGCUCGUUCGGAGAGGAGACUUGCACGUUAACAGAGAAAUGAAGCACCUGAACCACACAUAGGGUAAAAGGUUGCCUGCAUGCCACGAUUAUACCUCCACUAGUGCCGAUCGCAGGCAAAAAGGAGUAAUUAGAAAACAUCGGGCCACAUACCUUUUUAAUUAAGAACAGAUUGACAACCUCGAGCUUAGACUCAAGUAGGCAAACAAUCGAGGCAUUACAGUUAGAAACCGUGGUGCGGACAACAUCCCAGCGAGCUCUGGAGUUAAGGCCGCGAACAUUCCAACUAAAGAUAUUAAAAUUAUCCAUAGGGCACAACAACAACCGGGAUCCAACACUUAGCAAUAUGAAGGGCCCUCAGCAGGCGAGGUAAUCGUGCCCGGGAGCCCGUGCUCAGGGAAGAGAUCUCUGAUGGCCUUUAGAUGUUGAUCAGACAUGGGUUUCUCAAAGAGUUUGACGAGUGUGUGGUGAAGUUGAGGCGAGGUCGUCUAGUCAUUUUUUAGUAAGCCGAGGCGGCGCAUGAGCAGGAUUUCCCUCCGCUUGGAUGGUCUGAUGGCCGAAAGGCUGGACCGAGCCGCCAGCCGAGCACUUCUCCGCGGUGCCGAAGCCAGACCUGGUAUUGAUGAGAGGUUGCGGGCAGGAGGUGCCAAGGAGGUGGGGACCUCACGAGUGAGUCCUUGAAGAAAUGAACGCACCCCCGAAACAACCUCCACAUCCGUCGGGGCGCCCGCUGCGGAAGGGGUGUCAAUGCCCAACUCAGUUAUCUUUGUGCCAGAAUGAAGGAUAGCCUGCUGAACCCGCAACACAGGAGGGUUGUAGGUCGUCCGACAACAUGGCCGUCGAGGACGAGAGCCCAAUCGCAGAGCAGAGCGCCUAGCGGUGCGUGGACUGGAUCGGCAACCGCAGCCCAAGAGCAGAGAACUGCUGGGAGAGUAGGCCAUAGAGCGUGUGGCGACAGGAGAGGAGGUCGAAAUGAGAACAACCCUCCGAGCGCUGGCCACCAAGGGGGGUGGAGCAUCGUGCCCAGACGUACUAGGAACAGGCUUGGCAUGACAUCGGCGCCUAGAGUACACUAGGCAGAUGUGUCGAGCGGCCAAAGGCCUGGCAGAGUCUUGAACGGGAAGCUUGACGUAGGGCCGGAGCUCAGCAGACAUAGGGUCAAAGCUCCUCGGACAACCAGGGUCCCGAGAUGGGAAGUGAACAGGGAUUGGGUCCAGCUGCGGAAGAUUUGUUCGCCGAUUUGAUAGGCAUAGGCAUGUGAGGGAGUAGCGCCUCGUACGACACGCAUUGAAAGGAGCUGAAAGGAAUCUGAACGUAAGUCGAGGAAGGAAGCAGCACCUCGGCCACCCAAUGAACACCAAUAGGACGGUGGAAUUUCUGAAAGCCUUGUAUGUAGUGCUUUAUUAGGUUAUGCAAUUGUACUUGUAUGGUAUGCACCUUUGGUUAAAUAAUGUUACUUUGAGUUCAUACUUUCUCAUUUCCACCAAAACAUGACGUGCUGCUUAUGACAUGUGAUCAAUUGAUCAUGCCAAUGAAACUGUGUCUCCUCUUUCUUUAAUGCCAAUGGUUGUGUAUAAUACGAGGGAUAAACGAUAGAGUCCCUUUGCUUGUCCAAAAAUUAAAGGUCUCCUAUUCCUUACUUCAUGCAUAAAUGGAAGAAUCUGCCUUCCCUUUGAAUGAAGCACAUGAUGCUGCCACAGUCCAAUACAAAACUACAAUAUAUAAAGGUAAUUACAUCAAACCAUCAUUUGUUCCAAUGAUGCAAAUUCAAUUGAAGAUAAGUCUUUUUGCUUUUUGAAUGGUGUCGAUGAAACUAAAAGGCUGAAUAGCACAAAGUUUAUUUCUUUGAAUAAUGCAUGUGCUGAUGUUGCAAAAGUUCAUGUUUUAGCUUGGAUGGGGUGCACCUAGGUAUCAUGGGACAUGCACAUGGUGUGCAUAAGAUCAGAGCAAAAAUUAUGACAUUUACAGCAUGACAACAGACUACUUUGAGAUCUUGGUAUAUGAAACAAAUUAAAUAAUUCUGGGUCUGCUUUGGAGCUGAUGUUUAUCCUUUCUCAAGAUUUCUGCAUUCAGAUUCUUGUAUAGUUGAACUUUAUUUGUUUCAUUCAUUAGUUAUCUCUCUUCAUGCCAGCAAAGCAAGAUAAAGGUUAUUCCUUUCUUUUAUGAUGCUCCCUUGACAAGGCAGGAAUCUGAUGCCUCUGCAUGUGUUGUCAUACUUAAUUCUUUCCAAACCACCUUCAGUAUUGCAGUAUGUGACAUCUGAAUUCUCUUUGCAUGGUAAAGACAACCUUCGUCUUUGCUUCCUCCCUUAUUCAUCUACCCUCCACCAUCCCCUCCCAAGCAUGGGUGAUGGGGCGAACACGAUAGCAUCUCCAUCUAGGAGGCAGUAUACAGGAGAUGUUGCAGAGAUUGAUUUGCAUGCCUACAAGGAUGUGGAGAACAUCGCGUUCUACCAGGUUCCGGCAAACUUGGGAUCAGGCUUGUCCUUGGAAAGUGAGAGAUCACUAAGGGUCCAUAUCUGCACAGACUACAAUGAUGGCAAUUUCUUGCUCAGGUUUCUUCAUCACCUUGUGGAGUACAAAGAGCAGUACAGAAAUGUGACGAACCUCCUAUUUCAUGGUAUUGAAUGGCAGAUUGAGGGGGUGCAACUUCUCUGUUCAUUUUUAGUCCCUGGCUCGAGCGUGAGGCAGAUGGAAUUCCAGAAGAAUGUUUUCAGCACAAAAUCAGCACUUGCUCUCGUUCCACUCUCAGAAAUGCUUCAAAGGAACAACACCAUCAAAUCAGUUGUUUUCUCUGACUGUAGAAUUGGAUCCGCUGGAGCCACAUUGCUUGCUUCAGCUUUGGCAAACAACAGAAGCGUGGAGGAGUUCCAAGUAUUUGAGGACUCCAUUGGCUCCAAAGGGGCAGAGGAACUCUCCAAGAUGAUUGAGGUGAACUAUUUUCUGAAGAAGUUGAUCAUACUUGACAACAGCUCCAUUGCGGCAGCCCCACUUAUCUCUGCUGUGCUGGCACGCAACCGCAGAGUGGAGGUGCACAUAUGGGGUCGCAGUCGUGGCAUUAGCGGUGGCAUGAACAGCUGUAAAAUUGUUGAAUUCCUGCCUGAAACUGGGAGCAUGAGGAUCUACGACAACAUUAACUCCAAAGGGCUGCAACGGGUUGUGUGUGCUCUGGCAUGGAAUACAACGGUGACAACCUUAGACAUGUCAGGUGUCCUGCUAAAGUCCAGAUGCACCAAAGAGCUUAGAGGAGUCCUUGAACGAAAUAGGAGCCUAAGAGCUAUCAAGCUUACCAAGUGUUCCCUUGGGGACAAAGCAGUGGUGUAUAUAGCUGCAGGGCUCUUCAAGAACACCCAUUUAGAAAGCUUGAGUUUGGAUGGAAAUAGAUUUGGUGGAGUAGGAUUGGAGCAUUUGCUAUGCCCUCUUAGCACUUUUUCUCCACUUCAGAGACAAGCCAAUACCACAUUGAAGAUUUUUAGUUUCGGAGGAGAGCGAGCGAAUAUAGGGAGGUAUGGUGUAACUGCAAUCUUGCAGAUGUUGGAGACAAACCAGAGCCUAAUUCAGCUGGCAAUACUCAAUGAUGCAAGCUUGAAGCCGAAUGAUGUUGUCAAAAUCUUUACAAGUUUAGAAAGGAAUGCCACUCUCCGAAGCCUGUCUUUGAGAGGUUGCAAGGGAGUUGAGGGGGAGGUAAUCUUGCAGACCAUUAUGGGCACUUUAGAGGUUAAUCCUUGGAUUGAAGAAAUUGACCUGCAUGAAACACCUUUGCAUGUUGCUGGUAAAACAGGCCAAAUUUAUGAGAAGCUCUGUCAGAAUGGGAGUCUUGUUCUGCCAAAUGAUUUUCUCGAUUUGCCACUAAGUGCUCCUUCUUGCUGCCGAGUUUUUCUAUGUGGCCAAGCAUUAGCAGGUAAAAGCACACUACAUAAGUCCAUAAAUGAGUGCAUGAACCCAAUAAAGUCACCUGACAUUGAUGUAACAAGUACUCUGAAGACUCCAGUUGAGCAAAAGGCGUGCACCAACGAGAAUAAGAUUAAUGCUAUCUUUGAUGGCAACACAAAAUUGACUAUGCGUAAUCUUGGUGGACACGAGGAGAGUUUCGCCUUACACGAUUUUAUGUUUAUGGUGCAUGGUGGUCCAUGUUUUUUCAUGGUUGUGUCUAGCUUGGUUGUAAAGCCUGCUAAUAGAUAUCCCAAAAGCAUAGAUCAGGUUGAAUGGGAGCUGAUAUAUUGGCUGAAGUUUUUGGUUUCAAAUGCCAGGAGAGUUUCACAAUUGUUUCUUCCUUGUGUAACUAUAGUUCUCACCCAUUAUGACAAGGUAGCUCAUCUACCAGAAGGGCUGCAGCCAAUCGCUACUCUUGUACAAAGGCUCAGAGAAGACUUCCAUUCAUAUGCAGAGAUUUAUCCCACUGUUUUUGCCGUGGAUGCAAGAUCAUUGGUUUCAGUAAGUAGACUCUCUCAUCAUUUGCGGAUGACAACAAAGACAAUUCUCCAGCAAGUACCUCAAGUUUAUGAAGUAUGCAAAGAUUUGGUUCGAAUUUUGCAUGACUGGAGGUUGAAGAAUAACAAAGCUGUAAUCAGAUGGUCUGAGUUCCGCGAGAUAUGCCAAUUCAACGUUCCAGUACUAAGAUUGAGAUCAAGGCGUGAUAAUGUGGAGAAAGUGGACACAAGAAGACGUGCUGUUGCAAAAGCACUGCAUAACUUGGGUGAAAUAAUAUUUUUUGAGGAACUUGGAGUACUGAUCAUGGAUUGUGACUGGUUCUAUCAAGAUGUCCUCAGCCAACUAGCUACAUUGAAAUCAAUCAAGACAGAAAGAAGUGGUUUUGUCCGCAAACAAGAGCUGGAGAGGAUUCUACAAGAGAAGCUGUGCAACCAAAUUCCAGGGUCAAACUGGAGAGCUGGUGCAUCCUUCCAGAGCAGUGACGUCAUUAAUAUGUUGUUGGAACUCGAAUUGUGUUAUGAACAGGAUCCUAGGAAUCCAAACACAUUACUUCUAGUACCAGCUAUGCUUGAGGAAAGCAAAGAAGGGACCCAACGGUGGCUUUCAACCAUGCCAGAUUGCAGAUAUGUCGGAAGGCGUCUCGAAUGCAAAGAUACACACAUGUUUCUGACAAGUGAUUUCUUUCCAAGACUACAGGUUCGUCUGCACAACAAAAUCAUGUGUCUGGGACAACAACAGGGUGCAGUCUACAACUUGGAGAAAAACCUUAUUUAUACAGUGAUCAAUGGUGUGCAUGUAAGAGUGGAGCUGGGAGUGAAAUUAGACUCAUCCAUAGAUGUGCUUGCCUGCUCAAGCAAAAGUGUUACUGACAUGGUGAGGCUAUUCCACAAGUUAAUAAUCCCUACCAUACUAAACUUGUCUUCCAGUAUAACGUUCGAGGAAAGCAUUAUCAGGUCGGACUGUGUAAAAUAUCUCAUACCACAUAGGUUCCUCCAAACGCAGCAGCUGCCUCUGAAAAAAAUAAAGCAAAUUCUUUUGGCAUUGCCGGCAGAAAGCAUGUACGACUAUGAGCAUACAUGGAGUGCAAUUGAAAGCAGUAAAAGGAUCAUAUUACAAUCAGGAUCAGAUCAUGCCAGAGAUAUGCUAUCAGAUGAUGACUUCCAUGAAGUUCUUCACCGUAGGUACUAUGAUCUACAGCACCUCGCAACUGAACUUGCCGUCACCCCAGACAAUCAGCAGCAAUCUGAAAUCAUCCCUGAAACAGACAUGGUUGAUCCUUCCAUAUUAGGCAUUGCAAAAGGUGUUGAGAUGGUUCUACAAAGAUUGAAGAGAGUGGAACAAGGAAUAAGGGACUUGAAGGAGGAAAUCGCAAGCUUAAGGUACUAUGAGUAUCACCUUGUUACUGAACUCCACCGGAAAAUGGACUAUGUGAUGAAUUACAACAUCCAGUUGGAGGAAAGAAAAGUGCCUCAGUUGUUCUAUUUUGUAAGCCUGGACAACCGCUCCAAACAACUUGUCACAAGAAUACUGCCUGGGAUGCAGUCCCUACGGGUGCACAUGUUGUGCGAGUUCCGAAGAGAGUUGCAUGUGGUGGAGGAUCAGGUCGGGUGUGAUCUGAUUCAAGUGGACAACCAAGUGGUGAAAUCCUUGCUGCCUUACAUGAGCAAGUUCAUGAAGCUGCUAACCUUUGCUCUGAAGAUCGGUGCACAUUUCAUCGUCGGCAUGGGGGAGAUGAUACCUGACCUGAGCAGGGAAGUGGUGCACCUGCUAGACUCCUCAGUCAUGUAUGGUGCGGCUGCAUCCGCCGCGUCAGUGGGGGCUCUAGGUGCAGCAGCACUGUAUGGAAAAGGGAGGAAUAACAGCAACCAGGGUGGUGCAAGUGACAUGGGAGAGGAUAUGAAAGCGGCUAGACAGUGGCUUGUGGAUUUCUUGAAAGGGCAAGGGAUCUUGACAGGGAUGGACAUAGCACAGAGAUUUGGUCUGUGGCGGGUUCGGUACAGAGAUGACGGCCACAUUGCGUGGAUCUGCAGGAAGCAUAUCGCCUCAAGAGAAGAGGAGAUCUUCGAGCUACCACUUUGAGCCAUCCAGAGCCCCAGUGGUCCAGACUCCAAAGAAGCCAUGAAAGGACCUUGUGCUUUCAGGUGAAAAGUGUGUUAUUCUGUGAUGAUGAUGGUGAUGAAUGGUGAUACCCCCAGAAUCAGGCGUUCAUAGAGCAGCAUGUACAAGUACUUGCCAGUUAUCACCCUGUAAUGUGGAUGAUGCAUGCAUAUUUCUUUCUCUGCGUGUAUGGAUCCAUGUGUCUAUAACGUGAAGUGAAAACAGUACCAUAUACCAUUCAUGUAUCGCAGAUUGAUUAUUUGAAAAUAUAUAGGGAUCAAUAUAUGGACC